AAGCAAAGCAAAUAUCAUUUCAUCACGAGUCGCCUGCGCGACGCAGCUCGCAAAAAGAAAAAAGCCGGGAGCUUCACUUCACGUCCUCUUCUUCACCCUCCUCUGCUCCCGGAGAGCCUCUCCUCUCGUCUCCUCCCGCCUUGGCCUCCGCUCUCUUCACCCGCCUCCCCACGCCAACCACCGCGCGCGACGCACGGCACGGCACGGGCCAAAGCUAAACUGCGCCUGCAAGGCCCGCGCACUUCCCGGGGGGGCCGCCUUGAUGGAGGUCGCGCUCGCGCCGGCGGAGGACGGGCUGGAGGAGAGCGGCGUGGCGGUGUACCUCCCCAGGAUGCUCGCCGGCGUCAUCUCCGGCGCGCUCACCGGCCUCUUCGCUCUCGCUGGAGCCCUGACCGGAGCAGUGACCGGCGCGCUGGCCGGAAGGGCCUCCGAUAGCGGCGUGCUCCGGGGAGCUGGAUUGGGGGCCUUCGCCGGAGCUGUGCUCUCCAUUGAGGUCCUCGAGGCUUCCCGUGCUUAUUGGUGCUCGGACCGGCUGGGCUCUCAUGGCACAUCCUCCAUGGCAGAUUUCAUCGAGCAGCUCCUUCAUGCUCGGUUUUUGCAAGAGCAAAAUGUACCUUCAGCGUAUACAACGCACCGUUUGCAGAUCAGCAUUUCAGAUUUUGGUCAUGAUGAUCUGUACGAUAUUUUUGGAGACUUUUCAUCUAAAGGGCUUUCACGGGAGUCACUGAAGAAAUUACCACACUAUGUGGUCACUGAUCAAACUCGGAACUCGUUUGGUGAAGACCUCUCUUGCGCUAUUUGCUUGCAGGAUAUUGUAACCGGUGAAACGGCGAGGAGAUUGCCGAAUUGCUCGCACACUUUCCACCAGCCUUGCGUGGACAAAUGGCUCGUUGGCCACGGUUCGUGCCCUGUAUGUAGGCAAUGCGUGUAACGGCAGAAGGUAACCAACCUCCUUGUAUUCUGCUGGCUCACUGUCUUAGAAGAAACUAGUUGUGCAAAGUGUUUGCUUUUGCUAGCACCCACCAGAGAGGUAAUAUACACAGUAGCGUUGUAAGAUAGAUAUCGUUUUUACCAGCGAAAAUAGUGAUUGUAAAUCAGACGAUUCGACACUGUUUUCUUACGCCGAGUUGCAAUGUAAAAUGAAUAAGGUUUCUCUGC